AUGCCACGAUCGGGACGAGGCUUGUGGGUGACGAAGGAGGACGACGUAGACGCUGGAUGGCUGUGCAAGACGAGAGAGAACAAUGGGCAACGGGACACAAGACGCGAGUUAUAUGAUAAAGAGAGCGAGAGCGAGGGAGACGGAGGUCGAGUCGAUGGGAAUGGCGAUGAUGAGAGAGACAAGAGAAAGAAAGUAGUUGGAAAGCGAGUGAAGAGAAAGAGAAAGAGAAAGAGAGAAAGCGAGAGGCUGAGGAGAGAAUCAGAAGACGAGGAAAAAGACGAGCAAGUCGAUCCUGGCGGUGGAAUAUCAAAAUGCGCAGUUCAGCGGCUUGGCGGAGCCGCCUUUUUUGAGGGCUGGCUAGCACUAAAUAAUAAUAAUAACACAACGGCCUUCCAAGGAACAAAGUGA